AUGUCAGGCAUCACAAAGUUUGUCGGGUGUGGUGGUGUUGAAGGGCAGCAACGCGUGAACUGCUACUACGUGGAUGACGCGACAGUUGGGGCGGCACUUUUGGCAACGGGUGUGCGUGUAGUCGAUGAUGAAAGAAAGGCGGCGGAGGGGCAGGUGGGGGUGGGCGCCGGCGCUGGAUCCAAACAAGACGUCAGCCUCACAAAACGUGGCUUGAGCCGCUGGACGGGGACAGAGCGAGAGCGAGAGCAGAGAGUGAGGGCGAGAGAGGUGAGGCAGCGGUCGGCAGAGGCAGCCAACCGUCGCGUCCAGACAUGGGCUUCCUCUGCGUCUACACGACAUGAUGUCGGUCGCUACGUCGCCAGUGGCAGAGGCGGCGGGCAUGCGAUGUCAUGUCGCAGCAUCUGCUCUCUGCUAUCAAAUCGGCUGGCAGGCACCCUGGCCGGGCAGUCGAGUCUGUGCGCCGCCUCCCUGCACGAGGGCGUGUCCUGGAUGGCUCCGCUCAGCGGAGACGCAGACGGAGUCGAGUGGGCCUUCUGGCGCUACUUAGCAUGCACUACUGCUGGCCCAAGUCUGAUAUACCCCAAGCCGCGUGCUGCUCAGUUCGCCCGUCAACGUCGCAGCCAGCGCCGAUACACAUGUGUCUUGUUGGGCAAUCCCGUCCAACACAAUUAA